AUAGCGGAUUAGUCACGCCUCCCUAAUUGUCGUUGUUAAUAUCAGAGGUCGUGGAACUGCACACUGUUCUGACCCUGUGACAUAACCGUUGCAAAUUGUUGAUAUCGCGGAGGUUUAAUAGAGGUUUUGCCGUACAACAUUCACAACUGUGUUCAACAAUAUUUAAAUAUGUGUAUUAAAUGGAGCAGACAUUCUGAAUAAUAAUGUGUGAAAAAAUGUUUACACUUUUGAUUGUGAUGUUACAACUUCUUGCAGCUUCACGGUCAUAUUUGACGGUACUUGUAACAAAGGAACAGUGUGGACGAUCAAUUGAUCUUACUUUGGAGAGAAAAGUCUAUCUGAACUAUGAAGGGGCAGAGCUUUGGGACAAUUCCUCGACUUGUGUGAUAGAUAUAACAACUAGAAAUGACAAUGAGAAAAUUUGCAUAAGAAAAAACAAUACGUCAUUUAUUGAUUUGAUGUGCUCUUCGACACUUACUUAUUACGCUGGAGGUUACACAGGCUACUCAUAUGGUGCAAAGAGUUGUUCUGAUUUCAACUUUCGGGCGUUUUGUGACAGUAAUAGAAAGUCGUCACUCGUAUAUCAGGAAAACUUCUUUUACAAUACACGUAAUGUCACUGUUAGUGUCGUGGUGUAUUUAAAAAGAAAUAUACAGACUACUACCCGGCGUAGUUAUACACGAGCACCCUGGUCUUCGUGGACAUCCUGGUCGUCGUCGGACUAUGGCAAAUACGAUGGCGGUAAACCAAAGUCUAAAACAAAAGGCCUUGUUAUUGGUUUAAUAGUUGUAGGGGCAUGUCUGGUGUUUGGUUGUAUUUGUGCAAUGCUGCGAGAGCGCAUGUGUCCACCACCAGAAUAUAGUGCACCGCCAGCGGUAGAAAAUGAAACUUCAGCGCCAUUAGUACAAUACAAUCGGGAGGACCAACAUACAGCAAACCAGACACAAAAUGCUGCAAGUGGUUUCCAGCCACAGCAACCAUCAGAUAAUGCAGGGAACCAUGUACAUAAUUCCACGUUUAAACAAGUACCAAAUCAAGACUCUCAAGCCGGGUACCAAUCCGAUUUGCCUCCUCCAACGUAUGACUCCAUUCCUUCAGCUCCUCCACCACCUUAUCCUGGAUACUGAGCAUAAAUAGACUAAAGAAAUGGUGAUUUACAUCUUCUUUGUAAUGGACGACAUAUUUGGAAAUAAAGAUAGACAAAACAAGGAAUAGCUCGAAAUCUUCAUUCAAGUGUUGACACGUUUUGGAAACAAAGUUAGUUUCUACAUCAUUAUAGUUAAUGAGGUAAAGUUGGACAAAACAGGAAAUUCUUCAUCUACAUCGUCCUGUUUACACACAACAGAGACAAAGUUUGACAAAAACAGUGAAUCGAUAUCUUCAUCAUCAUUUGUACAUGAUAUGGGACAGAGUCAGAUAAAACAAGAAAUUUCUACAAUGUUAUCGUCAUGUUUACACGCUAUGGAGACAUAGACAAAACAAGGGAUUUCUAUAUCUUCAUCGUCAUUUUUACACGCUAUGGAGACAUAGACAAAACAAGGAGUUUCUAUAUCUUCAUCGUUAUUUUUACACGCUAUGGAGACAUAGACAAAACAAGGAAUUUCUAUAUCUUCAUCGUCAUUUUUACACGCUAUGGAGACAUAGACAAAACAAGGAAUUUCUACAUCUUCAUCGUCAUUUUUACACGCUAUGGAGACAAAAUUAGACAAAUUAGACAAAACAAGGACUUUCUACAAUUCCAUCGUGUGUUUACACACAACAGAAGCAUAGUCAAAAAGAAGGGAAUUUCUAUAUCUUCAUCGUCACGUUUACACGCUAUGCAGACAUAGACAAAACUAGGAAUUUCUGUAUCUUUAUCAUCCUGGUUACACGCUAUGCAAACUUAAAGAAAAUAAGGAAUUUAUAUAUCUUCAUCGUCAUGUUAACUUGCUACGUAUCCAUAGGCCAAACAAGGAAUUUAUAUAUCUUCAUCGUCAUGUUUACACGCUAUGCAGACAUAGACCAAACAAGGAAUUUCUAUAUCUUUAUCAUCCUGGUUACACGCUACGCAAACUUGGAGAAAACAAGGAAUUUCUAUAUCUUCAUCGUCAUGUUUACACACUAUGCAGCCACAUAUCUUCAUCGUCAUGUAUACAUAUGUACACGCAAUGGAGAACAAGGAAUUUUAACGAUUCCGUCACAUUUCUUUCGUCAAACUUGAUAACUUUUCUACUUGGGCGUGUUUAUAUUUGAUAAACACUGCCUUUCUACAUUUGUAUAUUUAUCUUAUUAAUAAAUAUUGCCUUUCUACAAAGGUGUGUUUAUUUUAAUUGAAAAUGCUGCCUUUCUACUAAGGUGCGUUUAUUUAAUUGAUGACAGUGCCUUUCUACUUAAAUGAGCUUAUUGUAGGGUCUUUUUGACUGCUCUGUGUACAUGUUGAAAUGAUCAAUAUCCUGACAUGUAUUUUGAUUUUCUGAUACCAUUUAAUUGGAAAUUAAACCACUUAUUUUGUAGCGAGAGCAACUGUAAGGAUUGAAAUUUUUCGGUGUAGCUGCAUGUAUAGCAUGGAUUUUGACCUAGAUUUUGCACGGAACAGGUGCGUGCUGUAACGACAGACAAAACAAGGAACUGUUUGAUUCCACUUAUUAAGUCUGACACUUAAUAUCAGAAGACAAACAUUAAAUAGAUGAUAUUCAGUAGUUUUGUUACCAAAAACCUAAAUGAUUUAUUCUAAUUUUAAAGCUUUUAAUAAAAUAUCAUCGCAAGAAGAAUCGAAAGUGAACUACUUACCUACCCCGGGCCCGCUGCGUACCUCGCUUACAGAUGUGAAUGAGUGGUGGCUGGUUUCGCAUAUACAGCAGAUUCAUUUUUUUUUUCUGAAAAUAAAGCAAACAUUUUAACAACUCUUUGUUAUUAUUUCAC